AUGGUCCCUAAAAAAGGGUGGGUAAAACUUAACUUCGAUGGAGCUUCUCGUGGGAAUCCAGGUCCUGUAGGAAUUGGGUGUUGUUUGCAUGAUGAGGCUGGUAGGGAACUGGCUAAGUUAGCCAAACCUAUAGGGAUUGAAUUCAAUAAUAAAGAAGAGAUCUUAGCCUUAGUUGAAGGUCUCCUCUUAUGUCAAAAUAGGGGUAUCAGCAAGCUCGCCAUUAAAGGAGAUUCGACUAUUAUUAUCAAUGGCCUCGGAAAAGGUUCUCUACCUAACUGGAAGUUGAAUGUGAUCUUGUCAAGAGCUCUAAGCCUCCUCAAGGAGUUCAAUAAAAUGACCUUCAAUCAUAUCUAUAGAGAAGGUAACUCCAAGGCGGAUGAAUUAGCUAAUGCAGGAGCUGAUGGACAGUUCAUAAGUUAA